AUGUCACAUGGAGAAUUGCUGCACCCUUCCCGCAACGAUGACGGGAUUCGAUGGGACCACGGCCGUGGAAGCGGGAUAUUGCAGGCAUUUUCCCAAGGGACCGCGUCCAGGGCCUGGUCGGUUGUUGUUAGCGGCAGUUCUGAUGGAAGUGCGGUCCUGUGGGAUUUGAACCGAGGGACAUACGUGCAGUCGAUAUGGCAUGCUGAGGGUAAUAUUCGUUCGGGGAGUGCUUCUGUUGAUCUUGUAGUGAUCAACGAGUCUACGGGGUGUAUUGCAACGCGUUCCACUCGUUAUCUGUGGCUUCAUACCAUCACAGCGAGGCCAAUUGCGAAACUUGACUUGUCGUUGACAUGCGACCCCACUUCUCGAGUUUCGUCUAUCGCAUUCCACGAGCACGAGUACUCCGCGCUAGGUAUUCUGGCUGUGGGGGACGGGCAGGGUUCCGUGAUACUCUGCACGUGGAAUGCAGAUGGAGCUCCUCAAGACGCGAAUGCUCAGUGGGAGUUCGUGGAGGUACGGUGUCUUUCGCCAGAACAUGGCUCAUCUGCAGCCGUUGGAGACGCCUCUGGGGGCAUGUUCCGUUGGGCUAUACCUGACUGA